UCCAGACAACAUCCUACUAAAAUUUAGGUCAUCUUUGCGUAUGUCACUACCAGUAAGUCAGACAAGCUUCGCAUGAAUUAGUGAAUGAGCUCUUCUCUCCUGCACUCCGUCCCUCUCCGCCCCCGCUCGUCCCGUUAAAUUCCUCCUGCCUGGCAUCAGGUUCCCGGGGGAAAGGGCGGAGAUUUGGAAACAAACUCUGUAACAUAAGCAACAGAGAGCAGACAAGGUCGGACAAACUAGGAAACUCGUUUUACCGAAACCUAAGAGACGAAGAGCGCGCUGACUCUAAUUAACGCAGAGUGAGUUUUGGCAAAGGGGAACGGAAGCCAGGCUGCCUGAAGUGAACCAUGAACCUUGACGUCGAGGGAUGAGGCGACAGUACAUGUGGGCGUAAUACAGGAGGUGGGAGGGCGGCCUGUAGCUCUCCUGCAAAGUGCGUGUGUUUUUUCGGCAGAGGUAGCUGGAGGUCCAAUGGCAGCCAGGCGGACUAGACGCAUGACCGGGCCGGAUCAGAGCAGGACCACUGCGGCCCGGACGGCUGCCAUAGCCGAGCAGCUGCGCUAUGAGUGCUCCAUCUUAUUGGAACUUUAUAGAAAGAAAGAGAAUUUCACUGCAGAUGUUUUGGUGACUGAUGGUCGUCUGGUGUCCGUCCCCCCUCCUUCCUCCCAGCUGGACAGCAGGGACAAGCUGUGGCGUGUCCACUCUGCUCUGCUCCAGUGCCACAGCUUGCUGGAGAGAGGCAUUGCCAGAGAGGAAGAGGAGCUGGGUGAUGGGAAGAAGUCUGAUUAUGAGACCCAGAGGAAGACCGUAAAGGACAGGCUGUGGCUUCUCUUGAUCAACACUGGAGAACUCCUCAAAGCUGCUGAUGGUGCAGCAGUCCAGACUCCCAGCAUGGAGGGACUGGAGUUAGAAGGUCCGACUACUCUGUUUGAGCUGAAGCUUUGGGUGUACCGAAUCUUCAAAGAGGUGGAAUACUGGACCAAGACGGCCAUCACCACAUUGCAAGCCCAGGAGCGAGCAAGGACCACGCGACUCAGGAGUGCAAGGAGAUGAGAGAAGUGUGUGUGCGUGUGUGUGUGUGUGUGUGUGAGAGAGAGAGUGGGUGUGAGUGGGUGAAGAGGAAUAAUGAAAGAGAAAAGCAGUUAAGGACAGUGAAAAGGGUGGAUGAAGGGAUCAAAGGGACAUGAAAAUGAAGCAGUGUGUUCAGAUUGAUUCAGAUCAGACUGACUGACUGGUCUGGAGAGAAACACAUUCAGCUGAGAGAGACAGAGAGACAGAGACAGAUCCCUACUGACACACUCAGACGAGUAGGUUGGGUUAUUUUAAGGGCAUGAAGCCUUUACAUGAACAGAGGCCUUAGACCGAGAGGGAGCAAGAGACAGAAACCAUGUUUGUCAUGCCUAACAGCAACAUUUGAUGAAACAAGUUUAUCUAAAUGGCAGUGGAGUCUAAUACAACUUUUUUGUUGACCUUGUAAGCAGAGUUUCUUUCUUUCUUUCUUUCUUUCUUUCUUUGCACAAUACCACAUUUUGAAACAUAACAUGAUUGAGGACAGCUCAAAAUGAAAAUGAAGACCUUGUGACUUUUUUCAUAUGUUUACAUCAGUCUCAUGUUCACGGUAUUCUCCCUGCAUGCACUGCUUUGAUAUAGCUGAAGUUAUUAUUUAAGAUAUACUGCCACAAUGCACUGCAGCUGAUGCAGGAGACAGUCGACGAGGGGCAUAUUGUUACAAAAAAAUUAGGCUAUUUGUAUUCAUGCCAUCACCAGACUGUACCUCUGAAAUGUGUAGUUUUAAAUACUGUGGCUAUAAAUCAUUCCACGUAGAUUAUUAUCUGAGGAUGUUCAGUGUAUGAAUAGAAGGAAAUCUUUGUAACAGCUCCCUCUAGUGUUUUCAUGUUGUUACUACUUAGAAAUAUUCCUUCUUUUUUGAUUUCUUUUUUUUUAUCUUUCUUGAUUUUCCUCAGUCAUGCUUAAAUUAUCAAAGUACCCUUUGUUGUUAUAGUUUUGCCUUGUUUUUAGGAAACUUUAUUAGCAAUGAAAUCAUGUAAAGCCUUGUCACAGGUUGUAGGAGCGACAAGUGUGGUACAGCGUGAAUGCCCCAAUCUGCUGGGCAUACAAAUGGGCACAUAAACAGCGAGCAUAGAGGAGAAACACAAUAUAAAUUGUAAAAGUUUACAAUCUUAACCGAUGAAAGGUAAUGUUCUUGAAAAUCUACUUUCAUUUAUUUGUGAAACUGAUUUUAAUUGCUUAAAAUGAUAGAAAACUGCAUUUCACUUCAGUCCACAAAGUGAAAUGCGACAUAUGUAACCAUCCGUGUUAAUUGAUUUUUUUCAUCACCAUGUCAUGCUGAAAAGCACGACAAGAGUGACGCAAAAAUCGUUUUCAACAUCUCAGUGGUCAAUAUGAACAAAACUUGAGACGCACAUCCCACUUUGACUUGUAACUCUCAAGUGAUUCAUUAUCUAUCCACCGGGCAGUUGUAACAUAUAGUUAUAAUAAUGAUAAGUUAAUUUGUAGUAGAUCUCCUCAAUUGGGAUCAUGCAACAGAGAAAGUAAUCUGUUCAUUUUGAUCAGUUAAUCUGUCGCUCAAAACUUGGCUGUGGUACUAAUUAAAUCAGCAUCAAUCGCCGACUUAGAUUUUCUUCAGUGAUGUUUGUAAGGUAAGAAAAAAUGAUACUGUACAUGGGAUUGAACCCUAGAAAUCCUUUGCCCUGUUUCAAUUUUUAGAUUGAGAGGACCAUUCGGUCAUUUUAGAGUUACGUCACAGUUAACAGACAACAGUUAACUUAUGUCACUUUGUUUUUUUAGUCAAGGGCUUCAGAUUUGACAGAGAUCAUAUCUGCCUUGUCACAUGCUGUAUUUAGUAAAGGGUGAUAACCUACUGUCAGGUGCACUGGGAGUAUAAACCUUAUGAGAUCUGAGAGAUAAAUGGCACUCCAAACUUCAGGCUUCUGAAAACUUGAAAAAUGAAAUGUAAAUCCUAAAAAAAUAAGUGCAGAAGUCAUUCACUCUUUGUGUUGUGCACUAAAAAAAAGAAUAAAUAUACGCCACACUGCACAAAUGCAUCCAGAAUAUCCCAUAAUGCUUUGGAGUGCAGCACUUUUAAUGUGACAUACUGUAUACGCAAUAUUACAUGUAUUGUGUGUGUGCUCUUCUGAAUAUGGAUUGAGUAUAUAUUAUCUUUACUCAUGCUCUUUUUCAUCUGCUCUGAUGAUGAUGAUGAUGACAUCUGCAGAACUAGACCUAACAGUGUAUUAAGGGAAAAGUUACCCAAAAAUGAAAGUUCACUCAACAUGCACAGAAAAAUGUUGCAGUAGGAACUUGUUUUAAAGUGUAAAAAGUGAAAAUAAUGUUAUUUACACUCAACUAGCGUUGAGCACCACUUCUGAAGUGGCAGCACGAGUUUGACAGCACAUAUAUGCGCUGUAAGUUUAGCUCAGCUUUGGCUGAACUCUCUCUGUUGUGUCAGUGUGAUGUGAGCCUCAAUGUAGCAUGUGUACACUGAGGUAUGCAGAGAUCUCGAGUUCUCAUUGAUCUCGGCAGAUGCAUGUGCAUUAGAGCUUGUUCUGGGUGAACUUUUCCCUUAAUUUUUGUGUAUCUUGUCUGUUUUGAGUUGGUUGAUUUGCAUGUUGGGUAGGCUACAGACCAGAAGUGGUUGAAGACUAGAAAAGUCAGGCCAACUCUGACCAAAAAUAACACUGGGUUUUGACAGUUAAAAGAUAAAAAGUGGUGUAUGUGUUACAAAGUAUUCCGUCAGUAGUGGGACUACUGGGUCAUGGCAUCAGUCUCACUGAAAUGAAUGAGGCUGCAUAGCUUUGGCACAGUGCUAUCGCUGGUCCGAAUGAACCUGUGCAUUAGCUUUAUGACACAACUGAGUAGGUACAGGUUCCAAUAUGUUCAUAUUAUAGCUCUCCGUCCUUCUGUAUGUGCCACACACAUGUCAUCUGUCAGUUAUGGAGAGAUAUACUCAUGCUGUCAUUUUUAGUCUGUCCUCUUCCUGCACAUUACAGGAAGCACAGCACUGUGGUUACAUUCCUGACUAACAGAAUGUUUUGUUUCUUUAUGUGCUAUUGAUUGAUUGAUUAUUUGUACAAAACAUGUUGGUACAGUUUUAACUGAGUGUAUCUUCUUUAUGAGUGUAGUUUGUUACAUCUUGUCUUUUGACCUCUGGUGCAGCAAGAGCUACACAAACGGCUCAAAGCACAAAGAGAGGAUUAAGUUACCAUUGCAUCUGGCUAUAAGCAGCAAUCAUACUGUAAGAAACCACCACACUCGUUAGGGUGUUCACAGCAGCUGGAUUUUCACAUUGGUCUUUCUAAUGUGUGAUUUAACCCCCUUCAUCCCUGACAGUCAGUCAAAUGUUUGGAUGGACUCACAUGUUGUUAUUGUUGUCUGGCCCCUUUCAAAUACUAUAUCAGUAACUGACCUUAAAAAUACAACAGUGCAUUAGGGCCAUUGUAGUUAAAAAAUGACUUAGCUGAGGAAAGGGUUGAUAUUUAGAAAUCUACCUGGAAAAAAAAACAAAACAAACAAACCUUGGAUAUUCUCUGAGAAUAAAGUCACAAAUUUACAAGAAAACACCAUAAUACUACAAAUUUACAAGUGGAAUAUUGUUUUUUUUUGUUUUCUUUUUUUAAAGACCAAUCUCCUCACACCACAGACGCCACAACUUGCUGUCCAUUACGCUUGCAGUGGAUGACCUAAAUUAUACUUAUUUUGAAAUAAGGAAACAGGCUACUAGUAAUUUUAGCCCAUAAUCACUGUAUUAUCAAAAGCAUCCAGACUUGAAAGAGUGGCUUUGAAUUGGGCCUUUUCAGAGAAAAACAGCAUACUGGAACUACAAUGAGUGGACAAAUGCCGUGAUAUUUCCCGGGUAAAAUUAUGGACGAUUUCGUCUAAAUCAUGAUGCUCAUGAUGAUGUGGGGACUCUGAUGGGCAUAAGAAAAGGGCAAAGCAUCUGUGGAGUGAUGAGGUUUAUCCUAAGAAUCUUAAAAAAAAAUAAAAUAAAAAUAACUACAAUCUCAGAGAUUAUUCUAGUUUUCAGCUCAUACAUUUGGGAUUUUUUUUAAACUACCUGUGUUUUUCUCAGAACAUUAACCCCCUUCUUGCUUUCUGUAUUUUUCUUUUUCUUUUCUAUUUUGGUCUUUUCAACAUAUAAUGAACCUAAUGUGUCAUAAAAAGUCAUCAAUGAGUUUUCUGCAGACUGAUUAAUCGACUAAUCGCUCGUCGUAAGUAACAGGUAUUGUGCAAGGUCAGGGACGGUUUGCUGCAACCUGCUGCUAAACUGUCUUGUUGUCUUGUUUCUGGUGUAUCAAUAUCAGCUUUGAACCAAUGUCCAGCCAGAUUUAUACAAAAGUAGAAGAAAUUCCUCAACAGAGUCAAAUGUGCUGCUUAACACUCCCUGCGAUCACAAAGCAUUGCUCUAAGCUUCGUUUCCACUCUCUCGUGAUUGGUUUGCACACUAUAUUCAAAAUAUGUAAGAACACUGUAAUCUUAACUUCGCCUCUGCUGGCAGUGCAACUGCUUUUAUCAUUGAAGCAUGGAGGAAAAUCUUACAGAAAUGCUGCCUUGUGAAGGAUUCUGUCUCUUUUCAAACAUAAUGGCAACAUGUAAAAUUGGUAGAGAAUUUACAUAUCACACCUUAUUUCAUGUCUAAGAGAGGCUUAAAACAGCCUGAGCGUAGACCAGCACUGGAGCAUUGCCCUUGAUUUCAUUUUGAAUGACAUAUUGAAUAUAAUCCAGGGCUAAAGUGGGAAACAGGAAACACAUUUUUCACUAACUUCACAAUUAAAUAUUGUUUGUUUUUUCAUUUAAAUACAAAAAUGAUGACUUACCAAACAAUACUCAAUAUGACAUGUAUUUUAGAUCAUGGAGAGAGCAUUGUGUGCUGCUUUGUGAAUAUGACCUAUGAGCAAUGUGUAGUCUUUUAUGUUUGUGUAAAACUUUGGUAUGGUGUAAAAAUGUAUUUAUUGUUGAGCGGAUCUCUGAGGGUAUGCGAGUGGGUUGAAAUAAAUUGAUCCUGGCUAUAAUUUGA